AUACAGUUUGAGUUCUGUAUGAUAUGUGUUCGGUGAUUUGAACUAUUCUCAUCGUUCAUCGGUUAAUGAAGAUAUCUUAUUUUAUAGGCGAACGAUUAUCACGAAGUAUCUCCUGAAUUGUUGUCCUUGAUGUGAGGUAAGUUGAGCGGAUGGUUUCUGACGUGCUGAUCUUGAAAACAGUUCGGAAUAUCGCACAGCAGAUUUUAGAGAAAUGAUCGACAGAUCAAUAGGCCAGUUUCAGUGUGUACAGUGAGUAGUGUACACUUCUUCGAGUCCUUUGGGGCUAUUUAUGUCGGUCUAGUUGAGUCUGAGCUUUCCUGGUAUUUUGAAGAAGAUAACCCAACAAAAAUAUUAAUGAGUUAAAAAAUUAAAUUUACUCCCUGCGUUCUAAUGAUUGAUACCUACGAAGAGGACGGCCGUUGAGGUGUUCAUCGCUCUUGUUCGAAGAAUUUUAGUGUAGCAUGGAUGUGAUACAACGACUGGACCUGCUACUGUUGUGCAUAGUAAUCGUGCACCUUUCGGUUUGUCCUUUCACGAAAGUGGAAGAGAGUUUUAAUCUGCAAGCCGUCCACGAUAUUUUGUAUCAUCGUGAAAAUGUUUCGCGGUAUGAUCACCAUGCAUUUCCUGGUGUUGUUCCGAGAACGUUCAUCGGGCCUUUGACACUUUCUGUCGUUGCCAGCCCGUUCAUUUUUUUGGCGCACCGUUUCCAUGCAAGCAAGUUUUACUCACUUCUUUUGGUGCGUUCAGUGCUUGGGGCAUUCAUCCUAGGGAGUCUUAAGUUGUUCCGCAUGAGUGUGAACAAACGCUUCGGAAGAGAAGUUGCAACAUGGACGACAAUCCUGUGUCUUUCUCAAUUUCAUUUACUUUUCUAUGCUUCAAGAACCUUGCCGAACGUGUUCGGCCUGUGUCUUGCAAUUUUGGCCCUUCAUUAUUGGCUCGAUGAUGAUCUCAAGAAAUUCACUCUCGCUUCUGGUGCUGGAAUCAUCUGGUUUAGAUCCGAGCUUGCCCUUUUGUUGGGUUUCUAUUUGAUGAGUAGUUUACUGGAGCAUCGAAUUAGUAUAGGCAGAUUGCUGAAAAUCUGUGUUCCUGCCUUUCUUGUGCUAACCACUUGUACAGUGAUGGUGGAUUCUUUCUUCUGGCGACGAUUUGUCUGGCCCGAAGGCGAAGUGUUUUGGUUUAAUACAGUACUGAACAGGUCCGCCGAUUGGGGUACAUCCCCCUUCUUGUGGUAUUUCUACUCGGCUUUACCCCGUGCAAUGGGAGCAAGUUUUUUUUUCAUUCCUUUUUGUUUGUUCGAAAAAGAUAUCAGGCGCUUUGUUCUACCAGCGCUAUUUUUUGUACUGGGCUUCUCCUUCUUGCCCCACAAAGAAUUGAGAUUUAUCAUUUAUGUUUUACCGAUUCUGAACGUGGGUGUGGCUAGUGUAUGUGCACGUGAAUGGAAAUCCUUGAAACGGUUUCAAACGAAAUGGAUCGGACUCAUGUGCUAUGGCCACGUUUUCUUGAAUCUAGCGUUGAACGUAUUUCUGCUUUUCGUGUCGAGCCAGAAUUACCCUGGUGGCAUUGCCAUCCAGCGUCUGCAUGAGUUGGUCAAGCCAGACAAACCAUAUAACAUCUACAUUGGAAAUCUAGCCGCUCAGUCGGGAGUUUCGCGAUUUUUGGAGACAAAUGUCCUCUGGAGGUACGACAAAACGGAAAAUUUGUCUGCCGCUGAGAUGAAGAAGUUCUCUUUCCUGCUUCUCGAGUCGAAGGAUUGGGAACAACUUGCAGACGUAGAGGGUUUUUCUUUGGUCGAUGUUGUUAGUUGCUUCUCGGAGGUCCACUUCAGCUACAGCAGCUUUCCGCCGGCUGUGAUACGGACAAGUCCGUGUAUAUUUAUUAUUGAAUACCGAGAUCCAGAUCAGUGUAUCGAUGCGCUCGCGUGAUUCAGUGAAAUUUCCACAAAGCGGAAUGUGUCCAAGUCAUGUACUCUCGCAGUCGAGGAACGUCGUGAAAAUUGUAUUCUCAGCUAUGUUUCUCAAAAUUUUCGGGGAUCUUCGUUUCGAAUAAUUUUUUGCUAUUCGCUCAGACCUUGAUUUGAUGUCAGG